AGAAUUUCCAACCUCUUAAGGUAGGCUUACAGGGAGAAGUGCACCAGGGAGUUAGAUACUGUGUUUGAGAUAACGAUAGAUUUCUCCAUGUUCUCUUAAGUAAACUAUGAUUUAUAUCUGCUAGUAUAUUAUUGAUGUGGUAGAUGUUGGAGUAAGAUUUGCAUGCUAAAUAUAUUAUGUCUUCAUAAUGACAGGAAUCUGCUGAACAAACUUCUAGAUGAUGUUCGAUCGUUCAUGCCUAAUUCAAAAAAAGUUUUGUAAAAAUAGAAUUUGUGCCAAGAAAAUUGCUGAUAACAGUGUGGAAGUCAUAUGUUUUGCGAAUAUAAGAUCUGUUGUCAGUUUUUUUUUGUUCCAGUUCUUUUCUAUAUACAUUUCCCUUGGCAUUUUUCCGCUCUCUGCAUCACUACCUUAGUCAUGUCAAGAUCAUGACAUUUGUUAUACGAUGUUAGGUGAGAUGUUUAACCAUACAUAUCAGCACAAGAAUCAUGACCACUCUAAUACUCUAACCAUAUCGCUUCAACUUAAUGAUUUUUCACCGGCAAGCUUGAUGAGAUCCCAUAAAUAGAACAACAUUUGCAAUUCGACUAGAAUUUCCAUCCUCUUGUGAUCUAUGGAUCCACUUCUUCUUUCCAUCAUCUUAUGCUCAUGGAUCCUUGCUGCAGUGUAUUGGAGAAGAUUCAACAGGAUGAGGCUAAGGCUUCCACCUGGACCUCCAAGGUGGCCAAUCUUUGGAAACCUUCUCCAGUUGAGUCCUCUUCCCCACAAGGACUUUGCUCGAUUUUGCACCAAGUAUGGACCCCUUGUCUAUCUUCGUCUUGGAACCAUUGAUGCCAUCACCACUGAUGACCCUGAAGUCAUCCGUGAAAUACUUAUCCGGCAAGAUGAGAUCUUUGCUUCACGGCCCCGGACAUUGGCUGCUGUUCACCUUGCCUAUGGGUGCGGUGACGUGGCUCUUGCUCCACUGGGGCCAAACUGGAAGAGGAUGCGGAGGGUCUGCAUGGAGCACCUGCUGACCACCAAGCGGCUGGAAUCCUUUGCUGCUCACCGAGCUGAGGAAGCUGAGCACCUCUGUCAGUUUGUAUGGGCUAAAUCCCAGUCAGGUAAGCCUGUGAAUCUCAGAGAGGUUCUUGGGGCCUUCUCAAUGAACAAUGUGACGAGAAUGCUGCUAGGAAAGCAGUACUUUGGGCUGCAGUCAGCAGGCCCCGGUGAAGCGAUGGAGUUCAUGCACAUCACCCAUGAGCUGUUCUUUCUGCUGGGCCUGAUCUAUCUUGGCGAUUACUUGCCUGCCUGGAGAUGGGUCGAUCCAUAUGGAUGCGAGAAGAAGAUGAGGGAGGUUGAGAAGAAGGUGGAUGAUUUUCACCAGAAGAUAAUUGAUGAGCAUAGGAAGGCAAGGGAGGCCAGGAAGAGUGCAUCCCUUGAUGAUGAUUGUGAUGAUAGCAAAGAAGAGAUGGACUUUGUUGAUGUGCUGCUUUCCUUGCCUGGCGAGAAUGGGAAGGAGCACAUGGAGGAUGUGGAGAUCAAAGCCUUAAUGCAGGACAUGAUCGCUGCUGCAACUGAUACUUCAUCAGUGACCAACGAGUGGGUGAUGGCAGAGGUGAUCAAGAACCCGCGCGUCCUCCGCAAGAUCCAGGAGGAGCUCGACGCCGUAGUCGGCCGCAGCCGCAUGGUGGUGGAGUCGGACCUCCCCCACCUGACGUACCUCCGCUGCGUGGUCCGGGAGUCCUUCCGGAUGCACCCGGCCGGGCCGUUCCUGAUCCCGCACGAGUCCCUGAAGCCGACGACGAUCAUGGGCUACGACAUCCCGGCGCAGACGAGGAUCUUCAUCAACACCCACGCGCUGGGCCGGAACCCGCGCAUCUGGGACGACAUCGAGGAGUUCCGGCCGGAGAGGCACCUCCCGGCGGACGGCGGGCGCGUGGAGAUCAGCCACCUGCCGGACUUCAAGAUCCUGCCUUUCAGCGCGGGGAAGCGCAAGUGCCCAGGUGCGCCGCUGGGCGUGAUCCUGGUGCUCAUGGCGCUCGCCAGGCUCUUCCACUGCUUCGACUGGUCCCCGCCGGACGGCCUCCGCCCUGAGGACAUCGACACCAACGAAGUCUACGGGAUGACCAUGCCCAAGGCCAAGCCGCUCAUCGCCGCCGCUCAACCGCGCUUGCCGCCGCAGAUGUACGGCUCCUGUCCUAGCCAUGGCAUGCAGAUGUAAGCUCGAGCAGAACAUAGAUCCUAUUAUACUGCCACAAGAAUGGUGAACAAAAAUACAUAUAUGCACCCUGACAAUUUCGGAACACAAAGAAUUGAAUGAUUUCUUCCUGAUCA